AUGUCCCGAAGUGUUCAGCAGCAGCAGCAGCAGCAGCAGCGGACGUGUCUCGCCAUGUUCAACAGCAGCAGCAGCAGCAGCAGCAGCAGCGGACGUGUCUCGCCAUGUUCAGCAGCAGCAGCAGCAGCAGAGUUAUCUGGCCAUGUUACGCAGCAGCAGCAGCAGAGAUAUCUAGCCAUGUUAAGCAGCAGCAGCAGCAACAGCGCAGAGGGAAACAAGACAGCUCCAGUACCAGCAGCAGCAACGCAAUCAGCAGCAGCAGCAGCAACAUAUUCGGCAGCAGCAGCAGCAGCAGCAAUAUAUUCGGCAGCAGCAGCAGCAGCAACAACAAUAUAUUCGGCAGCAGCAGCAGCAGCAGCAGCAGCAGACCUGGAGGGCCAAAGAGCGGAAGGCGAGUACGUACACCCCGUUGACUGCCAGCAGCACCAACUGCAGCGUGGCGAAGUGGGGGGGCCCCCGCUGCAGCAGCAAGUAGCUGCUGCAUGCAUGCAGCAGCAGCAGCAGAUAGGAGAUGCACAGACACAUCCACGACGGCAGCCAGUAUCCGCUGCUGCUGCUGCUGCUGCUGCUGCUGCUGCUGCUAUUUGUUGGCCUUCUGCUGCUGCUGACCGAGACAGGCUCAGAGGCCUCCCCCUGCUGGGGAGCAGCACUGCCUCGGCGCCGCAUCCCGUGGCCUGCUGUCAGCUGCUGUUGCCGUUGCUGCUGCUGCUGCUGUUGCUGCUGCUGCUGCUGCUGUGGCUUGUUCAAGAGGGGUGUAUGGACACCCCAGCUGCUUCUAGUCCGCGCGCCAGUGCUGAGCCCAGAGGCCCCACAGGACGCAUUUCCCGGAGAGUGCCUCCGAGCUGCUGCUACCUCAGCGCCGCCACAGCAGCAGCAGCAGCAGCAGCAGCAGCAGCAGCGGCGCUGCGCGUUUAG